GGAAGAGGAAGCGGCGACCGGCGGCGGCGGCGGCAGUGGUCCCGCUACCCUGGCAGAAACCGGAGUGGAGACGCAGCGGUUCCUUAGGCUCUGGACUCAGUUCUUUGAGGGUGAUUCAUCGCUGUAGCCCCCCAAGUGUCUUAAAUGGAGUAGUCGCUGUGUUCUCUGGACUCAGUGCCACAGCACAGCCUUGUGCCAUUUUCACCAUAAGGUUUCCCGAAGCUACCAUGAUGGUCACGGUGGUUUAUGAUAACUCUGAGGCAACAGAGCUCUGUGCAGCUCAACACCUCUACCUCAAGCCCAUAGCAAAACUGAUGAUCAAUGUAUUGCUCCCGGAGACUACAGAACCGGUACGACCCUUCUCUAACUGGGAAGUUCUUGACCAACUGAAGAGCCUGAUUUGUCCUGACCAGUUCACCACUGUCCGCCUCUCCAAAAGUACAAAGGACUUCAUCCGAUUCGAGGGCGAGGCUGAGACUCGAAGUUUGGUUCAGAUCCUGAAGGCCAAGUUACAUGGGAAGAUCAUUAAGCUAAAUGGUUUGAAAACAGACUUAAAAGUCAUAGCUACAGAUGCCCAGGGAGAGUGGGAGCCCUUCCCCAAAGAAAAGGAGUCCUCUUUGAGUGAUGGAGGAGAUGAGCAGGACCUUGAUAAAAGCCCAGAUUCUAUCUAUUUCGAAGGCUUGCCUUGCAAGUGGUUUGCACCCAAAGGUUCCAGUGGGGAGAAGCCAUGUGAAGAGAUCCUUCGGGUGGUCUUUGAAAGUUUUGGGAAGAUCAAGAAUGUAGAUAUCCCCAUGCUUGACCCCUACAGAGAAGUGAUGACUGGUGGGAGCUUUGGGGGUUUCAGCUUUGGCUUGCAGACCUUCGAGGCCUUUAUACAGUACCAAGAGUCAACUGACUUUGUCAAAGCCAUGGAGUCCCUUCGAGGGAUGAAGCUGAUGCUUAAAGGGGACGAUGGGAAAGCUCUUGCAUGUAACAUGAAGGUGAUGUUUGAUACAACUAAACACUUCAGUGAAAAAGCUAUCAGGAAGAGAAAUCAAGAAAGGCUAAAAUUACAAGAACUGGAAGAAGAAAGGAAGAAAGAAAAGAAGAGAGAAGAGGAAGAGACUGAGAGAAAAAGAAAAGAGGAGGAGAGGAAAAUCCAGGAAAAAAGAAAGAAGGCCAGAGUCAGGAGGCGAGCCCUGAAGGAAAGGGAGAGGCACCGGCAAAGGAGACAGAAGGACAGAGCCAAGCCUGAGACACCUCAAGAGCCUGACUCUUCAGAGGAAUGGGAGGAGAGGAAGUACCUGCUGGCCCAGAGGCGUGUGGAGGCUCUUCGGCUGCUUCGGGUACUCCUGAGGAAAAUUGCAGCUAGGCUCUUUGCCAGUCGUUUUUCUGUUUUGGGAUCCUCACAAUUUAGCCCACGGGACAUAGACACUGCAGCUAAAAGUGUUCUGGGGAACAUGCUGCAAAGGCAGAGGAAAGACUUACACAUUAUGUAUCUUCAAAAUUGUGAAGAAAUGUCAGAAUAUCUGGUUGCCAAGCCAGACAACAAACAAGAACAAAGCCUGAAGAAAAGAAGUGGGGCUUACUUACAUAAAUCUCCUGAGCACCUUGAGGAAAAAAGAAUAAAAUCUUCAGCUAGAAGUGAGAACAUUGGAAAAUUAUUAAGUGAUGACUGCAAUGACAAUUUGCCCUCUGACCAGACAUCCUUGGAAAUUACAUUAAUUCCAGGCCGGCCUCUGGAGAAAGAAGACUACUGCGGUUCUGGUCAACUGUAUUCUUGCAGAUUAUCUGAGCGAGACCAUGGCAGGAAAGAGAAGAUAUAUGAAACAGAAGAAUUUACUGACUACCUAUUAAACUACUAUCAAUCUCCAACAUAUUCCCGUAUCUGCCUAGAGCCAAGUCACGUGACGGGUCCCUAUCAGUGGCAGAGGGCUGUCUUUGACAAGGGAAAUGGACUUCAAAUCAAUUUGCAAAAACCUAGGUUUCUCUCAAGCAAUUUGAGCCAAAUGCAAAACAUGAAAGGGAGAAAACAGGUUCAAGAAGAAGAUUACUGGACCAAGACUUGUCGUGAGGCUUUUGAGUAUAAACCACAAAAGAGAGGAAAUGUGGGUUACGUCAAAGAAUGUACUAAAGAGUUUCAAAAUCAUUGCAAGGACACAGUCUGUGAAACCAGUGACCAGUUGUCCCCAACUGUGGGACAGAAUCAUCUGUUGGAAAAGACCAAUGCCUCUGAGGUGGGAGAUUCCAAAUCCACAAUGAAAAGCCAAGGUUCCUCACCCAGCAAGUCAGCAGACUUAGAUUUAGAAUUGACAGAUUUCUUUGAGGAAAUUAGUAGUGAUUCUGAAUGUUUCAGUGAAAUCCUGAGCAUAAAUGGAGAGAAAGAGAAACCUGUGACCACACAUACUUCCUCAGAAAGAGGUUCUCCUGACACUAAUAAAAUCAUCAUAUGCAAUCAGGAAAAUAGGCCAAGUCAUCGCACGUUUUAUUCAAAGUGGAAACAGAAUGGUGACAAGGAAUACUCAAAAUACAAGCUUAGACAGCAAAGGAGGAGGUCCAGGUAUAAAAUGAGAUAUUCACGGCUUGAGGGUGAAAAAAAAUCUGUUAGAUGUGAGAACAAUGGACGGAAGAGGGCUGUUCUAGCCCCCAGAUAUUUGUCUGAUAGAGGCUACUACUAUGAAUCCAGUUCCAGUGAUCUAUUAAAUGAUGUCACUAGGAAGAGGAGGAGGUUUAGUGAUAAUACAUUUGACCAAAGUGUGAACUAUAGGCAAUCUUGUGUGUCCGUAUCACUCACUGAAAGUGCUAAUGAUUUCCAUGGGAGGAAUAGCCCUACAAGAAGAGAGAGCCCUUGUCAGUCAGAACAUAACAAGGAUACAAGAAGAUGUAGACAACACGAGAGCUCAGAAGAUUCCAUGCUGAAAUCUGAUAAUCAUAUUAGACACAACCAUCAGGAGCUCCUUGACCAUGGCAACAAUUUAAGAAAUGACCCCACUAGUUCUUUAUAUUUACAAAUGUUUUGAAUGUCUCUUGGAUCAGGAACACCCUUAUUCACAAGAAACAAUUUGCAAGAAAAAAUUGUAAGACCAAAUAUAGCUAUGUAGUUAACAACUGCAGAGCAAGAGAGUGAUAUUUAAAAACUUGAGCAAGGUCAAAUGCAAGAACUUGUUUCUCUUGCCAAAGUAUAAAGCGUAGAUCAAAAUGACUGCAAUUGUGUUGGCAAGUAUUGAAAAUACAAAACAUUUAGAUACUGAUGCUUGGCAAAACAACAUACUCACAAGAGUUCCUGAUCUAAAGACAUAUAUCUGUGGUUCAAUGACAACUUUAAUUUGGUGCCAGCGAAGGAGCAAAGUAACAUCCUUAGUAGUUGGGAUAGCCCUCUCAGGCUCUUUUGCUGUUAUAACAUCAUCAUUUGGUCUCACUCAUCUUCAAAGAGGAUAACAAUGAAUGAACAAGAUCUUUGUGCAUGAUCUUUGACUUGUUGUGUGGCAACAGACUUUCCUGACUUAUCUAGAAAGAAUUAUAGAUCAAAAGAGAGAUGACAGCUGGAACAUAUAGUAGAUUUCAUGACAUUUGAGAGUUUCAUGAGUGCCCACCACAAGGAAAUUAAUCUCAUUAAUAGAUUCAUAGGACUCAAAGAGCUGUCUUUUUAGAGCGGAGUCUUGGAAGAAACAUCUAAAAAGGACUCAAGUUGUCCUUUGAGUCUCGAAUGGAUGGUGGGUCUUUAAGAGACUUGUUUUUUGAAGAGCACCAUGUCAUUCCAUCCUAGAAAUGAAACAGAAUUGGAGUAUACAACCAGUGGGAUUUGCAAAAGGAUAUAUUGAAAAAUCCUGAGGCACCAUCAGUGGCACUUGGAAGAGAGGGCAUGACAGUAUUCCAUUUCAGGUUAUGUAAUCCUUUCACUCUCAGGGCUGGGUGACAUCAGUUUGUAAAAAGCCACUGAAUAACCCCAAACUGACUUUUAUAAAACAAUAACAAGUGCCUCCUCAAUCCUCAAUAAUGCCAUGGAGUUAGGAAGAGUCGAGGGCAAAGCUCAUAAUUUUCUAGCUGGGGAAAAACUAUGUGUGCAGGACUUGUAAGCUGUGAACAAUCACAAUUUAUCUUUUUACCUACUGGUUUUGAACUUCUUAAAUAUGUUUUUAAAUUGAGAUAUUUUAUAGAUUGGUAAAGACUUACAUCUUAAUGCAUGUUCUAUUGAGCGAUGGGUUGAUGCAUUAUGCCUUAUAUUGGAUUUAGGAUCUCAGGGGCAGUCAAUGACCUUCUCUAUCCACCAAACCUCCCCCCCCCAACUAAAGCUACAAUACCUGACUUGGCAGUAGAAGACAUCAAUGAGAUUAGGCUGCCUGCACCAGGGAAGGUGAUUUCAAUCCACAGGAAUAGCGGAAGGCAGCAAUUUUAUGUCAUGAUUCGUUUUCAAACAUUCUUCACUUCAUAUACUAUAGAAAAGUAGCAACUGGUAGAGCAAAUGCUGGAUGCCAGUCAGUGUGGUUGCCCUGAAUGAUGAGGCAUGACAUGUGCUCAUAACCAGCCUCUUGAGCAACCUAAUAUCCGACGGUACGACAAAAUCUCCUAAUUUAUCUAAAGCAAGAGCCACAAAUUAUUUCACUGAUCACUUCUAAUCUAGUAAAAAUAUAUUAGGACAUGUAAAAGUUCAGAAAUAAAUGUAACAUAACAGAUUAUUUUUAUUAUUAAUAAGAUAAUAGCCAAUGAAGGAUUUGUUGACUUUCUUGUAGUCAGUUCUACUUUCAAGCCAGUGGCUCUGCCAUCAAAACUGGAUUUGGUUUGUCAAUUCUGAAAAAUCGCUCCAAAGGCGAGUGCCUUUUCUUCUCUGAGGACUAGCAAUGUCUAUUAACGUGCAAAGUACCAUUGUCCAGAGUAGCCUUUUAAACUACAGCUUGUACUUUGACUACUUUCAAUAAACUAGGUAUUAUUCUUGACCAAUGAGACUCUGCCUCAUUGUUUCAUGCCACUGAAACAAAGAGCAUUAUGGGUUUGCUACAGAAAGCAGUUAUGCUUGUUUUGAAAAAAAAAAAAAAAUCUCACUGUCUUCUGUAAUUUGAUAAUUUUUCUUCGAAGAGUUUAGGCAUGAAAACAAUUUGCUGCUCAUUAAUCAGAUAUAAAAACAAAUUUUCAGAAUACAGCAUGUGGAACUUUUUUUUUUGUAUAAUAGAACUGGUGCUAAGUCACGUCUGUAAAACAUUUUUGUCUUUUGUUUGUUUGCUAAACAUCAUGCUGGAACCUCUAAGAAAGUAAAAAUACUGGUUUUAUGUUUACUUUACAACUUUGGAUUUUUAUGUCUUGUGUAAUGAAUUCUAGAUUUGAGUAAACGUUUUUUUGGUAUAAGCCUUAAACAGAGAACAAGGACCUAUCCUGUGCUUUUAAUCUAAUGGCUUAGUAAGGACUGAUAUAGAAUUGAAAAUAUUGUACUCACUUUCUACUAAUUAACACCGUUAUUCUUUGUUGUGCUGUUACAGCGUGCAAAAUAUUUUCUCAUGCUUUUUUUCCAUGUCCUAUAAAGGACAUGAACUUUAAACUUUGUCAAAUAGGUGUUUUCACCUUUUUCCUUGUAUGUGUACCUGAGAGUGCUUUAAGAAAACUAAAAAUCUAUCAAUGUGUUUUUGUUCAAUUUGUUUGAAUUUCUCAGGUAGAAAGCCGUGUAACCCGGUGAUUUUGAAAAUAAGAACCAAAUAAAUGUAUUUUUGGUUGCAAGACUUUAAAAUCUUAACUUUUAAAUAAAUGCUGAUAAUUCCAUGAGGAGGGUAGGGAAUUUCUACCUGUAAUAUGUUGCUUUGCACUAAUAUUGCUGAUCCUUUUUCUCAUUUGCAUUGUUAGAGAAGUAACACACAUUUACUUUUCAAAUAUAUCAAAAAUAAAAUUGUAUA